CAGUUGAUAACCUCAGACAGCAUAGCGGUCGUAUCUAUUGCUUAAUUGCUACAGACGACUAUCUGCUAGUUUUUAAUACGGUCGAAUUUUCUUAUUAAUUUAAACAAAAGAGCUAAGCUAUCAAAACAUCGGUUUAAAGUGUAUGUUAAUUAAUUUUUUAUAUUUGUAUCGCAUUGACGCCAUUGCAUUGUCUCAAGAAUACGCAGGUAAUCCAAUCAAAUUUCCAUUUUAUCUGUCUUGUACUCACACAACUCUCAAACCUUCCACGGACAUUGGACGAGCAACUGCUCGUUAUGGGUUAUAACUAUAACCCAAUCAUGCUAUUAUUGAGGAAACAUUAUUUAUUAUUAAGAGUACACUACUCUCACGUACUGAUAUAUAGGCGAGCGCACAGUUACUACUUAUACGACUUGUGCCAUACCUGUAUUAAUAUUUAUUUUCUCGAAUCUCGGUUCCUUAACUUCCUCCAAAAAAAUGCGUUGUUUAAAACAUUAAUGAUGGUGUUGUCCAUAAAAAAGCAAAAAUUUAUUUUCCAAAAUUGCGUUAAAAUUACAAACAUUCCACAUACCAGAGUUGAGCAUUAUUUAAAUAAUAUAGUAUUCAAAAAAAUAAUUUUUCAUAAUGAUUCGAAUGAAAAUGUAUUCAAAUAAUUUUUAAAACUGAUCGUUUGAAAAAUUUUCAAACAUAAUAUUGAGCUAUUUACAAAAACAUUGUUGGGGCUAUGUAAAUAAAACUCAACAAGUAUUUGAAAUUCAUGCUGUCCUUUAAGACAUAAGUCUAAUACCGUACACCAUAUUUGUUUUCUCAGAACUUUACAUUUUACAUAAUAUGGCUAUUAAAUAUUUUUAUGAAUAGAUAAUUAAUUAUUAAUAUUCUUCUUACUAAAUAUUAUUAAAAGUCACUAGGUAGCCUUAUGAACCCCCUCCCCUAAAUACCAUUUAGAAGUGUACAUUUUAAGGUACUUAUUAUUCAUUAAUUUUUCUUGAUAUUGAGUUUUAAUACUUUUAAAAAAAUGUGCAUAUUUAUGGAAAAUAAAAACUAAUAAACAUGGUUUAAGAUAAGGAGUUUAUCUUAAUAGUUGCUAUUAAAUUUGUAUUCAGGAUAAUAUUCAACUGGCUCUCAUUUAAUCCAAUAUGUCAAAUGAGAAAAAGUCAAAAGACAUGGACAGCCCAUAUUUAACAUCACCUGACACAAUGGAGAAUAAAGCAGAUGUAUUCAUAAGAAAUUAUUUUAAAAGCUAUGAUAAUAAAAAGGUUAGAAUACAUCUUUCUGAAAUGUAUGAUGAACAUGCUCAAUUUUCAAUAUGCAGCUAUAAUUUGGGGUAUGUAUACAGAAUUAAUUAUAUUUGCUACUUUAAUUCUUUUAUUUUUGUCAUUUAUAGUAGAUAUCUUGAAUUUAACUUUAAUUUACAUUUUUAGAAUUCUGAACUUUUACUACUCAUGAAUUUUAUAUUAGAUAAAUUAUAAAAUAACAUUUUUGAAUAUUUUUUUUUUAAAAAAAACUAAUAUUUGUGCGUUAUUCAAACCUUUUUGUAUAAUAUAAUAAUAUUUUAAACUCAUUUUUUCAAGGAGUUUCAAAAAGUCAGUAGAACUGUGAUAUAUAUUUUCCAAUAAACUGAAUGCAAACACCCUUAUCCUAUAUUAUAAUUUUAAUAAUUUUUAUAUUAUAUUUUUGAAGUUACAAUUGUGGUGAACCCAUUAACUAUGGUACAUUAUUUAAACAUGGGACUCCUAUAUCAACGGAACAAAAGCGUGUUCAUGUAGGCAAAAAACAAAUAAAAAAUGUGUUUCGUUCACUACCAUCAACAAGGCAUGAUUUUGGCUCUUUUUUGGUAGAUUUAUCAUUGGCAAAUGUAAGUAUAUAUAACAAAACUAAUUCUGUUUUCAUCAUAUUCAGUUGAGUUUCAAUUAUUCAAUAUUUGUUUUAUAUUCUGACAGGUCAGAAUAGUCCAGGUUGUAGUGAAUGGCAUGUUUAUUGAUAACUACUGUGUCACCAAUAAAACGCACACAUUUCAGUCGUUUUGUCGUUCUUUUUGUAUAUCAACUGAUUGGCGUAUCAUAGGUGAUAUGUUAUUUGUAACGCCACCACCUCGAGAAAUGAUAAUUGUCAGUGAAUUAUUUUAUUUUUAAUUUUUUCUUAUAAAUAUUUAUUUUACAUUUUUUUUUAUAUUGAGCAUUUAUUUGAUAAAGUCAUGAUUUUAGGUGGAGAGACUUAACUGUGUAUUGGGAGAUUAAACUCCCAGGAAUCCUAUUUUGUUAUAUUAUUUAUUUUGUAUAGUUGAAAAACAAUUACAUAUGUACAUAUUAUUUACAGGAUUCAGCAAAACGGUUAAUGCUACCAGUUAAACUACCAAUGGAUGAUGAUUCUGAUGAUCCGGUGUUGCCCAGCGAUUCUGAUGAUCCGGUGUUGCCCAGCGAUUCUGAUAGAAAACAUAAUAAUGGAAUUAACAACUCAGUAUCAACUUUGUCUCUCAGAGGGAUCACUUCUGACCAAUUGCCACCUUUUAAGGUUCAUGUUCUUAGAAGUGUACCAGAAAUGUCAACCUUAUUACCUUAUAUUGCAACCACUACAUCUACCUCUACCUCUACCUCUGCCUCUACAUCUACCUCUACAUCUACUUUUACCCAGUGGCGUAAUAAUAGGAUGGCAUGAGGAGCAAAGAACCACGGGCCCAUAACAUUUAGUUAACAAAUUCGUGCCCAAGAUGUGCUGAUUACUUUUUUUUUCUCCACUUGGCCUCCAAUUUGAUUAGGCUAUUAGAAGUUCUAGUUAUGCCACUGCCUCUACCUCUACCACCAAUUCUAAAUAUGAUUCCAUAGUAGAUAACUUUUUGAAUGAACAAUAAUUAUAACCAAUUGUUUAUAAAUUAUGUAUUAUGAUAAUAAUAUAAUAGGGUAAUUUAUUUAACUGUUUAUAAUUAAAAUUAUAGUUAAAUCUUUUAAUUCUAGUAAGUUAAGAAAGAAUGCAAUGUAUUCAUUAAAUAUAAAAUAUGUAUAAAUAAUAUUUAUAUUAGUUACUUUUAAAAACUACUUAUAGCACCUUUUCAUUAAUAAACUCUUAUUUAGGUAGAUACUUGAUAUUAUUUUUUAAAUUAUUAAUAUAAAACACUAUUUAGAAUUUAAUUUAAUUUAAAUCAUUAAAUUAUUUAUUUACCAACAAAAAAUUGUACAAAUGAGAUAACAUGCAUUAUUAUAUGGUUGGUCUACUAACUAAAGCCUGUGGCUGUGUUGUGAGUAGGGUUCAUAUAUGACAUAAUAAUUAAAAUAUUACAAAAAUAUAGUUAAAAAUUAAUGGAC